AUCACUGGCGGGGGAGGGCAAAUAAGGCAAAGUGCCCAAAAGGGCCCAAUAAUUUGAGGCCCUGCCAAAAUUUGGGGCUUAAUUUUCUUUUUACAAAACUUUUUUCUGGCCCCCCUUGGGUGCUCCAUGGCCCCUCCCCCUGGAUCCGCCACUGCUUACUUAUUGAUGUAUAUUCUUCUAAGGCCCCGGGAAUAUUGAAUAUAUUUUACUUCGUUCAGUGUUUUUUUUCCCAUUUACCGGAUGAGAUUUACCAGCGACCAUUUUGUAUUUUUAUUUGUUAUUAUUUUGGUCAGGUUUUCGGCCUUCUAAACAAGUCAGUUAUGAAGAUUGAGGGAACAACACUGCUAAUGUGUAUCAGAAUCGAUUAAGUUACUAACCGACUUAUUCAUCCAGUUCAGGAUUUUCCCCGUUUUUGAUGAGUGGUUUUCCAAGUCCCUUGUUAUAGAAGAACAUGGAUGAUGAAGCGGGAGUUUCAGAUUACAUGAGCACAUCAUCACAGAAGGACAGCACAACAAGCAGCAGCCUCAGUUUAUCCACUGACAGUGGAGAUUAUUUAGUAGAGCCUUCAACAAGUGGUUGCAGUAGUGAAAAUAACAAGAUGGUCAAGAAUCGCCAGGUUCGCAAGGAGAAAGUGAAAGACUAUAUUAAAGAAUUGAAAGGUCUCGUUUCGAGAGAUGCGCACGGUAGUAAAGCAGACACAUUAUCAGCACUAAAGUAUGUUGUUGGUGAAUUCAAGAAAAUUAAAAGCAGUCAAAAAUGGAGCAAAAAGUCCGAAGUAGAUGCCGGCUUCAUAAGCACUACAGGCAGUGAUGGGAUUGAUUUUGAUCAGAGUAAAUGUUGUAUGGCUCUGUCAUUAGACCAUGGGUCCAAAGUAUUGAACAUGUCAGAUGGUCUACAGAGUAUCAUCAAAUUCCCUUGCAAGAUGAUCAUAGACAGAGAGAUAUUAGAUUUUAUCCAUGAACGAGACAUUGUGCCAUUUCUUCACUGUUUAUCAGUGCUAAAGAAUGUUUUGGGAAACUUCAGUGAUACAGCCGAUAAUGUUGAUGUCAAUAGUAAUGCUGCCUACAUUCGUUUAAGACAGUACUGUAGCCUGGACGAUGGGUUUGGUAAUAGAUUAACAAAGUAUGUAGUUUUCAAAUUGGUGCCUUCACUGAGAUCAGUGGGAGAAAGUAAUACUGGAUCAUCGAGUACAGACAAUCAAGCUCAGCAGUAUAUACAUCUUGAUCUUGAGGAACUUCACUCGGCUUAUAAGACCCCGGGACAGACUCCAGUGAACAAUACAUUCUCAACAAGGCACACAGUUUAUUGCAACUUCAGCUAUAUUCACCCAAGUUCCAUUCCAUUACUUGGAUUUCUCCCACAGGACUUGAAAGGAGUGUCAGUGUUUGACCUGUACCACCCCGAUGAUAUUGCCACCAUGCAUGAUAUAUAUAAGAAAGUUAUAGCGCUUCAUGGGGAUCGGUUCAAGAGUCACCCUUUCAGGUUAAAGCUGAAGAAUGGUGACUAUAUCAUGGUGGAAACAGAAUGGUCCAGCUUCUCCAACCCUUGGACCAAACAUAUCGAGUUCAUCCUCGGACAGCACACUGUCAUCCAGGGACCUAAGAAUAUCAAUGUAUUUGAGGACCAAGGUCUGGAUUGUAAACCAUUCAGUAUGAAUAAAGAACAGAGCCUGGAAAAUGUUAAAAUUCAGCAACAGAUAAAGAACCUCCUCCAAAAGCCUCUGACUUCUUGCCCUGCCCCAAAGGACUCAAAAGUGAAAUUCUCUGAAGAUGUACAGUCUAAAACUGAAGAUGAAGGUAGGGGAGGAAGUCUAGAAACCCUAGUCUACAAUAAUAGUGAGAAACUAUCUGAAUCUACUUCAUCUGCUAGACCAGACCUGCAAACGCACUUUGCCUACAAGCAGCUGAACUAUGUGCAAAUGAUACGUCAGUUCCUCAUCAGCUGCUCAAAAGCAAGCUCCAGUGCAAGCUCCCAGAAAAAUAGCAGCGUUUCUCCAGAUGAUCUUACUGAUGAAAGUGAAGAUCUACCUGAUGACUUGACAAGUAUUAUCCCAAUUCCUAAGCCUCCUAGCUUUGGUAGUCGCAGUAGUACAAAGGCACUUGUAUCAGAAUACGACCAGCCAGAGCUUGAGCUAAUUGACCCAAGUCCUCAGUUUGAGGAGAAACAACAGAAUGCAAGCUAUAAGCCAGUGUCUCUUACAUCAGAGAUGUUAGACAUCCACACACGUAUGCAGGAACGCCAGUACCUGCACAGCUUGAAAAAAGAUAAGCAAAUGAUAGGUUUUGUGCCAUCUUCAGACAUAGAUGGCAGAAACCAGGAUAUCCCUGGGCAGCGAUUUAAACGACCGCACGCUCCCUAUUCCCAGGGGAGUCGUAAGAAGCAGAAGAUCCGUAGUGGUAAUUCAAGUGGGUCUGACCAAAUGAUGGACCAGGUGCUACCAAAAUCAACCUUCAAGUCGAGGCUGAAGAGUAAGGCUGGCAAAGCAUGGAAGAAAUUGUCUUCUUCAAAGGAGGGAUUAUCUGAAUCCAAUUCAGUGAGUCUCCACACUUCAAGUGUCGUCACCACCUCUGGAUAUAACAGCAAAGGGACCCCCUCAUUACCAAAUAGCCAAAAUCAGAGGGAGACAAAAACUGCUUUCCCAAUAUCUGUAAUACAGCAGCAGCAUAGCUCCAAUAUAACAUGGCCUUGCUAUCCCCAAAGUGGGCUGUCUUUCAUGCCUCAAAUUAUAAAUGGAUUCUACCAUCCGACUACAGGCUAUUUCCAACCGAUUGUUUCCCAGUACAAUCAGGGCCUUAAUCCUUCAACAUACUCAACAUCUAGUUUCACAAGUAGCUGUUUAACUAUUCCAUUGAGUGCUGGAAGAGUGGCAACAUGCGCUCAGAAAGGCUCAGCAGAGACAGCUAGUGAUGGAGAAGGAAGUCCCAGUAAAACAAGUAACGAUGAAAUGAAUUCAUCUCAACAAGAUACAACAUCAUCGAUAAAUUAUCUUCUAGACAGCAGCAUGGGUUAUAGUUCAGAGUGUGACACUCUCAUCAAUGAGGGGAAAAAGAAUAAGAAAAAGAUUCAAGAACUGCUGCCUAGUAAGCCAUUCUGGAUGAUGGCGGCCAAUUGGACAAAGGAUUGUGAGUUUAAAUAUCAGAUGCCGCAUGGUACAUCGCUACUGAUGGAGAACAAGAGGAAACUACGCCAUAUGAACCAAGAGGAGCUCUUACUGGACCAACUGAAAGAAGUUACAUUAGAGAUCACGAACUCCAGUACAGCUCCUGUGGAUGAGGAGGCUGAUGAUCUGUUCUAUCUAUUUGAAGAUGACGAGGCUCCAUUUGGAAAUGGUCCUGAAAGCACAUCACAACUCUCAAACAGUGACCUCCCAGAUAGCAUUAGGAAUGAUAACAUUGACAACAGAUCCCAAUCUGAGCCUAAGCACCUAGAAAGUGAACUAAAUGACAGUAUUAAAGCUAAUGAAUCAGACUUGAACAACAUUAAUGUGGAUACUGACAAAAUAGCGAACAGUGAUACUGGUAAAGAAAAUGAAAAUCUGGGUCAUAAUGAUGAACCCAUGAAUAUUCAAGAAGAAAAAACAAAGGACUUGAUAACAGCCCCUGUCCAAAUCAAGUUAGAAACAGUUAGCAGUCCGGAGACGGUAAAAUCAGAGAGCACAAAUGAUGGAAACAUAAAUGAUGAUUUACUGUCUCCUGAUAAAGCUAAGACAGAUGUUGGCAAUGAAACUAUUGAAAUUAUUGAAAAGCAAGAGAUGUUACUGGAAAAAGAAGUCAGUGUAAGCGAUACAGGGUCUCACGAAGGCUCCAAUGAGGUGUGUUCAGUAAACAGUGACAAUCGUGGGGAUAACAGCUCAAACUCAGGUAUCCAGAGUAUAUCAGUAUGUAGUAGCACUAUUACCCCAAGCGAUGGUCAAAGUUUUGAAGAAGCGCAAAGUUCUAACAAAGAAUCCGAUGGUUCAAAUUCGAGUAAAGGGGACGAAUCCCCUAUCCCUGACCAAGGACAAUCUGCUUCAGGUGCCACAGAAGGAAAGUUCCCACAGACCAAAUUUCUACCAUAUAAUGCAUUAUUUGUUUCAAAUCCUACAAUUUAUCUUGAAUAUGAUACCCCCUCUAACAUACCAGGUGUAGUAAAGAGAGGCAGACCCAUUUGGGAGGAGGUAGGGGAACCAAUGGACGAGAGAGUCGGUCUCCGCUACCAAAUGACUCCACCCUCAAAUAUUGAAGCUGUUUUGGAGUCCGAUAAAAUGAAGCUAGAGAUGUUUAAGCAUUCAGACAUGAUACAGCAGCAAAUACAUUGUGUGCUGAAAGAAGCAAGGGCAGAUAUGAGACAGAAAAUGAAAAAGAAAAAGCAUAAAUCAAAUCGUGUUGAUGCUGUGGACAAUGAGAAUGAGAAGAAUGUGGAUGAGAAUGAAAUGCUCCAAGAACAAGAACAGAGUGGAGGUCUACUCCAUAUGGAUCAGGAUAAGACUAGCUCAUCCUCUGGUUCUGUUUGUGAACAUGAGAUGAUGGGUCAGAAUGACAAAAACUUUGACAGUUCAUCGUCUGAUUCCAUAUGUCAGGAUACCUCUAUGGGGGAGACAUUUGAGCUCCUUUUCUCUUCUAACAGUCCUACCGGAUCAGCUAUGGAGCUAGAAAUGACCAAAACAGAUUCAGUGUAGAUGUAGAGUUUAAGUAAUCUUCUUAAACUUUUUUAAAAAGGCUGGAAGGAUAUACAAUGACAUGUCUGUCCACUUGAAUUGUUGAAGGUCGGAUGUGUGGCAAACUCUUUCACCCUUGAAAAUGGACAAAGAAUAUAUCUUUGAAUUUAAGUGGCUAGAACCACAUUAAAUGUUGUUUCUUGUAUAAGUAUCAUCUCUGUGUCUGCGCAUUUGUUUUGUCAUGAAUGCAAUAUUAUCAAUCCGUGUGUGUUCAAGCUUGUGUAAUGGAUUGAUGCCCAUUUCGAUUUUUAGUUUGGAUCAAUUUAUUAUCAGAGCUGAUAAACAUGAUAAAGGUUGACCAAUUUAAAGGAACAUGAAAUGUAGAUAAAUAAUAUCCAAGCACUUACUGGUAACUUCAAAAUGAUCGAGCCUAAAACAGUGAUUUAAGGUCAGGCAAAUGUUGGGUAGGUACUUGGUAGAUUAUUCAAUUUUCCUGUCUAACUGGUAGUUUAUUUAAAUGAAAGGGGUAGUGCCUAGAGGUGUAGAGGGAAAUGAUUUAUUGACAUAACACAAAAUGUUAUACAAAUAUUGAAUGGUGUGGAGUGUAUAUAUUUCUGAGGGUGCAUCCAACGAUGCCUGGAGGGCGAGUAGAAUACAUCCCUCACAGAAGUAUAAACAGAUAUUAAACGAUCACAUCAUUCAGUAUUUGUUUUAUCAUUUCCCCAUUAUCCACAGGUAGUACAUGAUAUUUAUAAGAGGUUUAGUUUCAACCAUGGACUAAUUCUUAUCACAUUUGCAGAUAUUCUGUUGAAAAUCACGACUUACAUCAGAGCCAAUGGAUAAAAAUUAGAUUCGAAUAUUUCAUAUAAAAUUCUGUUAACGCCUUCAUGUUUUGAAUUGAGUUAUUGAUUUUUGUGCACAUUACAAGGAUCAUAAUAAUCUUUCCUAACCAUCCAUUAUUAAAAUCUUUAUUUUUUAGUAAUCUUAUGUUUAUUUCUGUCUGAUAUGAAGUCCAAGAUAUACAAAAAAUAAAUUAAUGGAUACUUAAUUAUUUUCCCAGGGAUUUGAUUUGUGGCUUCAAAAGCGUUGAAUAUGGCCUGGUAUUCAUUGAUGAAUAAGUCUUUUUAAGCAUGUGGAUGGAAUACCGCUAUUUAUUUUUAGUCACAUGGUACCUGAUUGACCAAUGAGAGAACAAGUAUCACCGCAUGGAAAUAAUAAAAUGUUGUAUUUAGUGUUUUUGUUGUAUCCUGUACAUGCUUAACAUCAAAGCACUGAUUAUUAUAUUUUAAACACAUCAUAUUCAGUAACACUAUAUAUCACACAAUAUUUUGUUCGAUUUCUAAUGUCUGGUUAUUUUAGAUAGUCCAAAAGCAUUGAGAAAGCACUUUCUGCUGUGGAAACUGAUUUCAUUGACCCAUCUGGACUAGAUUUCGAGUUGUCGCUAAAAGUCCUAAACAAAAGAUGGAGAUUGUAUUACAUGUAUUUGGAAAAUCUGUACCUUAUGACAAAAAUGUAAUCCUGCUUUUAUGAUUAAAAAAAUGAGGGUCUACCAUAGAAAAAGUUCAUUUCCACAGUUAAUGAUGCUUUCUGAGUUUCAAAAGAGAUCAUCGAGCUCAAAUUUAUUUUUAAUUUAUUUUGAAGUGCAACAACAAAUUGAACAAUAUUUUGAUGUAACUCUUUUGUUCUAUUUAAAUCAUUAGUAGUAUUAUUAUACAAACUUACUUUUCCAAAAUAUCAGCAUUGUUUUAAAUACUAAAUAUUAAAGUUUCAAGGAACACUAUGCUUUAUAUGGUGGUGCUGUACAGCAAAAAAAUGUAUGUAAUUAAAGUCUGUCCUUCCAUUUAAAAGCAAUUGUGGGUAGUUCCGAGGUAGGCUACAAGUAAUAUUAUUUUUAGCUACAAUGAGGGAAUAUACAAUGAUGAAUAAAUAGUGGAAUGUUGUGUACAAAUACUCACGAUAAAGGUGUCAUUAUGAGAAUUCAUUCGUUUGCUCACCAUUGGUCGUCAGCAUGCGAUUUGUCAAAGAUUUUUUUGGUUCAGAAUAUCACAUGACUAAUAAAUUACAACGUUUAA